AGGGCGCUGCGGCCGCGGGCCCCGCGCUGCUGCUGCUGCUCGAGAGAGAGAGAGAGAGAGAGAGAGAGAAAUGUGAGCCGGCUGCACCACUGCAGCGGCACUGCGGGCGCCGGGAGCGCGCAGGGAGCGCCUCCGCGCAGCGCCCGCGCCGCCGGCAGCGCCGAGCCCCGGGGGACGGCGGGGAGGGAAGCGCCGGGAGCCCAGCGCCGGGGCUCGGCCGGGAGCCCUGCACCUGCCGAGCGGCGAGCGGGGGGCCGGGGCCGGCCGGCGGCCCCCCAGCCCUGCACCGGCUCGGUUGCAUCAGCCCUCUCCGGGGCGCUGCGCGGCCGGGGCUGCGGGGGCUGCCUCCUCCCCCGGCGGAGCUACCGGAGGCGGCGGGGCCGCCGGCAGCCCCGGCCUUUGCGGGAGGCCGCCCGGGGAUCGCCCCCCCCCAGACCCUCCGCAGCCCCGCCGAGGCCGGGCGGGCUGCCCGAGGCGGCGGCGGGGCCGUGGGAAGCCGGGCGCGGCGGGCGCGCAGCCGGCAGCAUCCCCGCGGAGCCCGCGUCCCCCCGCCUGCCUUUCAGAUAACCUUUAGCCGCCCGGGCCUCCCCGCCUCGGCCGCGGGGCCGCAGAGGGGCUCUGGAGGCUGAAAGCAGGACGCGGCCGCAGCGGGACCCCGCAUCCGAAGCGUCGCCCCCGGGGCUGCAGCCACGCAGUGAGCACGAAGCUGAGCUGGGGACGGAGGCGCUGGCCACAGUGGGGAGAAAGCAUGUAGCAGCCCCGGCGCCGGGCAAGGUGAGCGCCCGCCCGGGCGGGAUGCGCCCCGUGCCCUGCGGGAGCUGCCGGUGACAGCAAGUGGGAGAGCCGGGAAGUCAGAGCAAAGGAAUUUGCAAACAUUCUUCAGAGCCACGAGGAACCCAAGGCGGUAAACAGGAAUAAAGGCUGGGUGGAGGCGGGGGCUGCCCCCCGCAGCACUGCCCACAUUUCUGCCACAGCACACCCCCCCCCCAAGCUGCCUGCCCGAGCAUCGCCCAGCACUGCAGGCAUCCAUUUGCCAUUUCUGACUGCAGCCUGUCCGGUGUGGAAGUGCCAGUGAGGGCAAAGGGGGGAGCUGCCGAGUGGCAGGCGAUGUCACAUUAACGUCCCGUGAGGCGCCACGGGGAGCAGACGCUUUGAUCGCCUGCCCGAGAGCGUCCUCAAAGGCGGGCGCGGGCAGGAUGCGGCCGUGAGCGCCGCUUUCCCCUGCGCGCCUCCGGCACCCCGGGGUGGCCGGAGAAGAGGGGCGCAGGGCCUGCACGUCCCCCAUGUCCCCAGGAUGUCCUGUGCUGGCAGCUGCCCCCCUUGCUCCUGCUUCAUGGCCAGAACGAGAUUGAAAGCGCUGCAUGCUGCCGGCAUGUUUUAGCCUCAUGCAGGCGUCCCUCGGAGAACCCAGAGCAGUGGACAGUAAUGUGAAAACCAUACUCAUGUCGUGUCUGAAAGGGCAACAGGUCAUCAUUAAAAUGGAGGCGAUGAAAAUCAUCCACCCGGAGAAGUUUUCAGAGCUGCAAGCAUCGCAGCCACGCUACACACCGGCCCCACGCCGUGAGCCGCCCCUCGUGGCCAAGCGCGCGUGGCCCUCCGAGUCCGAGAUCAUCGUCAACCAGGCGUGCGGGGACAUCCCGGCACUGGAUGCCACCCCCGGUCCCCUGCCGCUGCCCCGGACUCCCCCCCUGCCGCGGCGCGAGCGCGGGUACCAGGGGCAGCGGAAAGGCAGCUCAGAGGUGUGCUACCACCGGCAGCCGCCGUCGGACGAGGUGAUCGUCAACCAGUACGUGCUGCACCCCUCAACGCCCUGCGAGCCCCUCGAGUGCCCCACCUGCGGCCACAUGUACAACUUCACCAACAAGCGGCCCCGCAUCCUCUCCUGCCUGCACUCGGUGUGCGAGGAGUGCCUGCAGAUCCUCUACGAGUCCUGCCCCAAGUACAAGUUCAUCUCCUGCCCCACCUGCAAGCGGGAGACCGUGCUCUUCACCGACUAUGGGCUGGCGGCACUGGCUGUCAACACCAGUAUCCUCAACAGACUGCCGGCCGAGGCCCUGGCCGCCAACCCUGUGCAGUGGAGCAGCGACACCGACCGCAGCUGCUACCAGACCUUUCGCCAGUACUGCGGGGCCGCCUGCACCUGCCACAUCCGAAAUCCGCUGUCUUCCUGCACCAUCAUGUGAGGCCCGCGCCCGCGCCCUGCCCCGGCCCAGCCCCAUCGGGGAGAGGACAGAGGAUGGUGCUGCGCCCUGCCAGCCCCUGGCUCCAGGCGAUCCAGCUGUGCGUGGAGGGGGCAGAGCUGAUCCUUCCUACAGCCACGGACAUGGGCUCACUCCCACUCUGGGCUCACCAGCGCUGGUGGUGGGGAUGCUGCGCUCUGGGACAUGGCGGGGAUCUGGUGGCAGCCCCCCACGUGCCAGUGGUGCUCAGGGAGAGGGACAUCAGGAUCAGGGUCUUGGCACACCCCUGGGCAUCUGUGGCAGCCCCACUGCGACCAGCAUCGAGCAUCCCAGGGGCUUCUCCCUCCUCUCCCAAGAAUGGACACUCAGUCCCACCGGUGACACCCUACCCAUCGCCCCGCAGCUGGUGGUAACGGCACGAGGGGCCCCAGAGCGGCACGGUGCCCAGCACGGGACAGGAGCAGGUGUGAGAACAGGCCCCCAUCACCCCCCCCCCCCCCUUCUCUGUAAGUUAUUUGCCAAAGCUUUCAUCUCAGCGGCCAAGCUGCCGUGCGUCUGAGUUGCCGAAGCCACGCCAAGCCGCCACACCGGUGUGAGCAGACACGCGGCCCGUUUCCUCCGCAGGCCCCUGAGGAAAGCUCCUGUUUGUCCUCGUUUUGGAGGAUUCUUGUUUUUCCCUGUCUGUCCCAGGCCGCUGUGUGUUCACCAAGGCAUUGCUCUGUGCCCGUUCUCUGUGGCUUCAUCCACCCAAGGCUGCGAGGGACCCUGUGCCCUACACUGAUGCCCUGUGGGGCAGCAGCCUCCUGCGCACUGUCUUGCUUUCUCCAGGGCAUCUGGAGGGGGAAGUUUGCUGCCAAAAAAAAAAAAAAAAGCAAAAAACAAAUAAACAAACAAACAAAGUAAAAAAGAAAAAGCCAUAAUUUGCAGGUGCUCCGAUGGGGCUGAGCACUGCAGCACCAGGGCAGGAGGCAGAGCCCCAGCACAGCCCCCAGGACAUCGGAGCUGGGGAAGCUGGGGGGGGCCCAUGGAGCUGCCCCCUCCCACUCUGCUCCCAGGCAUUUCAGGAGCAAGGAGCAGCCCCAGCACCAGCUGGAGCCCAGCAACCACCCAGGCAGAAGGACCAGGCCUCCAUCGCUUGCCCUGAGGAGUAGUUACCGCUGCCAGCGAAGCCCUGGCACCACCCUGCUGCCCAGGGUUGGGGGGGCGCAGAGAACGGGGGCCAAUACCAAUUCUGUUCUGCUCUGCCAAUGCCUCCCGCUGCUGGUUGUGACAAUGAUCAUGUUUUAUACCCGGCCUUGUUCAACCCCAAUCAGUCUCCCCAAUAAAGAUUAUAUUGGAACGAA